AUGAGUAACAAACCCAGACCACAGUCGAAGUACUAUGCUUUCCACGAGGACUGUGGGCACUACACGGAAGAGUGUAGAGAUUUGAAAGAUAACAUCGAGGAUAUGAUCAGGAGAGGCUACCUGACACAGUAUAGAUCCCGGCAAGAUAGCAACAAUCAACAAAAUCACAGCCAGCAAAACCAUAACCCAAACAACAGAUUGCCAGCAACCCAAGCACCACUCAGAAUUGAACAAAAAGCACCAGAAACCAGUGGUAAUGCAGAAGCUAGAAAUACCGGCCAGAAGAAGCCGACAGUAUGGGUCAUAUCCGGUGGGCCGUGCCACAAAGGAACAAUCAGUGGGGCAGACAUGAGCCUAGAGGAGCACCGCCACCUCAUAAACUACCACAGCACCAGAAAGUGGCCAUCACCUCCAGUCAUGCCAGAAAUCUCAUUCUCCCCGGCAGACUGCCGCAGAAUCAUAUACCCCCAUGACUACCCAUUGGUUUUAGGCCUCGAGGUAGCAAACUUUCCGGUAAUGAGAAUACUGGUAGACGGUGGAAGUUCAGCCAACAUAAUAUUCUGGGAAGCAUUCACUCAACUCCAAAUAGAUGAGAAGGAACUCACGAGAGUCAACUACCCGGUAAUAGGAUUCUCCGGGGCCACCGUCUUUCCAGAGGGAAGCAUUAGGUUAUCGGUACAGAUCUGA